AUGGGGCCCUACGUCGUCGACGCCGGCGGCAGCGUGCGGGUGCUGCCGCCGUCCGCGAUGCCCGGGCGCCUGACGGGGGUGGCGCGGCACUUGUCGAACCCGACCCAGCGGGUGUACAUAGGGACGAUGGAGGAGGGCCUCUAUGACGUGGACCUCGCGACGCUCCAGGUGACCGAGGUCUACGCGGACGACCAGGGCCACGCCGGAGGGCGCGGCGGCGGCGACAGGAGGCUCGCGGGGCUGCCGGGCUACCACGGCAAGGGGCUCUACUCGGGCCAGGGGCGGCUGGUCUACGCGAACAACGGGGAGACGGGCAGGGAGGCCCAGCGGCGCCCCGACGUGCCCUCUGGCUGCCUCGCCGAGUGGGACGGCAGCGCGUGGAAGGUUGUGCGCCGCAACCAGUUCACCGAGGUCACGGGGCCGGGCGGCAUCUACGGCAGCCCCAGCGCGCAGGCGGACCCGAUCUGGACCAUCGGCUGGGACCACCGCUCGCUGCUGCUCAUGGUGCUCGACAGCUCCCGCUGGUCCACCUACAGGCUGCCCAAGGCAAGCCACACCUACGACGGCGCGCACGGUUGGAACACAGAGUGGCCCCGAAUCCGCGAGGUCGGUGAGGCCUCGUUCCUCAUGACCAUGCACGGCACCUUGUGGCGUUUCCCGCCAACCUUCGCUGCGCGCGCAUCCGCGGGCGUCUUGCCAAUCUCCACGUACCUGAAGGUUUGCGCGGAUUUCGCUCGCUGGCGGGAGUGGCUCGUCUUCGGCUGCGAUGACGUGGCGCGAAAGGCAUUCCUGAACAAGCGCCGCGCGAAAGACUCGAUCCCGGCCCCAGAGAGGUCGCAUUCCAACCUUUGGUUUGCGGCCCCGCAGCAGUUGGACCAACUCGGGCCGCCGCUCGGCCGGGGCGCGGUGUGGCUCAACGAGAGCGUGCCCGCAGGCCAGGCGAGCGACCCUUUCCUGUUCUCGGGAUACGACCUCCGCGGCGUCCACGUGGCGCACGGCGACGCCGAGGCGCGCACCUUCACGCUGCAGGUCGACCGCGCCGGCGACGGCACCUGGGCCGAGCUGGAGGCGCUGCGGGUGCCCGCGGGGGCCUACCGCUGGCAGGCCCUGCGCGGGCGGGGCGCCUGGGUCCGGGCCCGCCUGGACCGCGCCGCCGUCGGCGUGACGGUCCAGUUCGCCUACCGGCAGACGCGCCGCUGUUCGAGGGCCUGGCUCGCCGAGGCGACGGCGAGCGUCCCUGACCCUGCGCAUUCGCGUUGGGACUCGCUCGCCGUGUUCGCCGCCCACGGCGGCCCCGAGGGCGUCCGGCAAGUGGGCGCCUACGAGCUCCGCCUCGCCGAGGGCGCGGCGCCCGCGGGCGGCGCGGGCGCCGCCGCCGCCCUGCGCCUGGAGCCGAGCGGCAUCGCGAGGACGUCGCCGCAGCUGCAGCGGAAGCUCCGCAUCGCCGCCGGGCUCGCGGAGCACGACGGCGCCCGGGGGCCCAAGAGAGGCGCCUCCUGGCUCCACAUCGACGACGACGGCCGGCGCUGGCGGCUGCCCGCGGCGGCUGGCGCUGGCGGUGCUGUCUCGCCCGUGGGCCCGUCGCGCAUGUGCCGAGAGGUGGUCACGGAGAGGGACCUCGAGGGCCUCCUGGUCGUGUCCGGCCUGCAGCCCGGCGCCCCCGCGGGCGCGCACGUCGUGCGCAGCGCGGACGGCGGGGCCGCGGUGUGGGCGGGGGACCUCGACGACCUCUGGCGGCUGGGCCGCCCCCGGGGCGCCGGCGGGCCCUGGCUGCGCUCCGCCCGGCCCGUGGCUGCCGGCGUCCCCUCGGACCCGUACCUGCUCGCGGGCUUCGCGCAGCGCGGGCUGUCCGCGUCGCACUCCGAGGCGCACGUCGUGGGCUUCCGGUUGGAGGUGGACGCCACCGGCACGGGUUCGUGGCACGCGUGGCGCCUCCUGGCCGUGCCGCCGGGCGAGGGCGCACGGCUGUCGUUCCCCGCGGAGUUCGAGGCGUAUUGGCUGCGCGCGGUGAGCAACGCGAGCUGCAGCGCGACCCUGCAGCUGGUGUACGACUGA